AGGGUUGCCAUCACAUGUUUGAAUAACGAACACUAAGAAAUGGAAAAGUUUAUAACAAUCACGAGGAAAAGAAAAGAAGAAACUUCUGCAAAUACCGAAGGAGGGAUUGAACGAGACGCUGCCGCUGAGGAAUACGUAGAGCGAUCUAAAACAAAGAGGAGAUCUUUUAACGCACAUUGGGGAGAUGAUGAAGAAUUUAAGAAGUGGUUAAUAACAGGAGCGCACGGCUUACCGCGUUGUAAAGUAUGUGGCGUCGAUCUUAAAGCAUCUGGAGGAAAAAAGGAUUUAACUGCGCAUGCAAAGACCACCAAACAUAUUGAAAAUUCAAAUGCAGUUAAUAUACACAAGGGAAGCAAAGAAAUUAUAGAAGGCAUUCCGCGAGCAACGUUUUUUGCUGAAAUAAAAGUUGCGGCUUUUUGUGCAGAGCAUAAUAUAGCCUUCACCAGCAUGGAUCAUCUUUCACCUCUUAUAAAUAACACAUUUUUAGAGUCGAAAGCGGCACAAAACUUCGCUUGUCGGCGUACAAAAACAACAGCUUUAAUAAAAAAUAUGAGUCUACGGACAUAUCGACCUCAAAAUUAUUGUGCUUAG